AUGUCGCAGUCAAGAGGAUUUUUAUCCCCAAUACAAACCAAUUUUAAUGAAAAUUCCUUACCUGUCAAGCAUCAAAAAAUAUCUAUGGUCAAAAUAGUGUUGCCUUGUUAUGUUCUAGGCCGACCUCAUGAGAUUACUGUUGGCAUUUGCGAUAUUAACCACUUUAAUGAUGGCGUUACUGGUUCUCACCAAACCAAAAUCCAAGAUCUCUCGAUUAGUUAUCUCAAGAAAUUGAUAUGGAAUGAUAUAAAGGAAAGUGGGGAAGGCUCCGAUAAAGCUAAUGAAUUAGUGCUAUGGAAAGUUGCAAUUCCAUACGAAGAUAAUAAAUUGGUUGCACUUAACGAAAAAUUUAACACAGGGGAAGAUAUCAAACAUGUACUUAAUGAAUUGAAUGCAUUAAAGAUGAAUGCAUUUGCCCUUUUUUCGGAAUAUUUUCCAAUUGAUCAAAAGCUUCCAACUGGCUACAUCCGAAUCAUUGCAGAACCUCCCCGCAUCAAUG